AUGGAGAUGAAGCAGACGACAUGGCCAGGCCAAUCGGAGGGCCGUCGUUUCACGUCCUUUCGGUUAUGGAACACCAAGGGUAAAAAGCACCACGAGCUCCACCCGACGAAGCACAGCAAUCGAAUGUCCGGCAGAAGAGCAUCGUCCUUAUCUUCAAAGGACGGUCGCGAUUUCUCCGCGCUGCCGUACGAAUUGAUAAUGAUAAUCGGGGUUUCGCUGAGCCACCCGAACCUCAGAGCGGCGUCGUUGGCGUGUAAGUCGUGGUACGAGGCACUUCGGCCGCUGAGACAGGCGAUGCUGUAUAUGAGGUGGGGAAAGCGGUUCAAGCACGGCCGAGGUGGGGUCCAGCCCAACAUGGACAAGGCUCUCGACGCAUUUCUGAAGGGCGCGGCUCUGGGGUCCACCAUGGCUAUGGUGGAUGCCGGGCUUAUAUACUGGGAGAGAGGCCUCAAGGACAAGGCCGUCGCUUUGUAUCAGAAAGCUGCAGACCUGGGAGACCUGGCUGGGAAGUGCAAUUUGGGAAUUUCCUAUCUGCAAGUUGAACCUCCAAAUCCAAAGGAAGCUGUUAAAUGGUUAUAUCAUGCAUCCAAUGAGGGCCAUACCCGUGCCCAGUACCAGCUUGCACUUUGUCUGCAUCACGGCCGUGGGGUUGAUCGUAACAUAAAAGAGGCGGCAAGAUGGUAUUUGAAGGCUGCAGAUGGUGGUUAUGUGCGUGCCAUGUACAAUGUAUCACUUUGCUACAAAUUUGAGGAAGGGUUAGCGCGCAGUCAUCGCCAAGCAAGAAAAUGGAUGAAGAGAGCAGCCGAUCGUGGGCACAGUAAAGCUCAAUAUGAGCAUGGACUCGCUCUUUUUUCUGAAGGAGAAAAGAUAAAAGCUGUAGUCUACUUGGAACUUGCUACCCGAGGUGGGGAAAGUGCAUCAGCUCAUGUCAAGGAUGUGAUUCUUCAACAGCUUUCAGAAACUUCACGUGAUGAUGUAAUGCUUCUUGUCGACCAAUGGCGUGCUUUGCCCUCAUCUUCCUGA